GUGGGAAACCGGCUUUGAUGGAGGAGGAGCGGUGCUGGGGGAGUGAGAGAUUAUCGAGCAAGGGUCAGCUGUAUGUCCAGUACCUGGCGGGAACUGGGCAGCUCUUUCCAGCUCAGACCCUCUGGGGAUUUAGCAGCGCCUCAGUAAAGAACAAAGAUGGCAGCACGGAAGAUCCUUGUUCUUUUUGGUAGCCAGACUGGAACUGCCCAAGAUACAGCUGAGAGGAUUGGCCGGGAAGCCAAGCGGCGCCAUUUCCAGUGCAGAGUCGAGGCCUUGGACAGCUACAAUGUGGCAAACCUGAUCCAUGAGCCACUAGUGGUGUUUGUCUGUGCAACCACAGGCCAAGGGGACCCUCCUGAUAAUAUGAAGAAUUUCUGGAGGUUCCUCUUCCGAAAAAGCUUACCUGCCACUUCCCUGUGCCAGAUGGACUAUGCUGUUCUGGGCCUCGGAGAUUCCUCAUAUCCCAAGUUCAAUUUUAUUGCCAAAAAACUACACAAGAGACUUCUUCAGCUCGGGGGCAACUCUAUCAUGCCUGUGGCAUUGGGAGACGACCAGCAUGACUUGGGCUCAGAUGCAGUAAUCGAUCCAUGGCUUUUGGACUUGUGGGGGAAGAUCUUAGCUUUGUAUCCUCUUCCUUCUGGCCUCAGCAUCAUUGGUCCAGAUAUCAUUUUGCCACCCAAAUUCACCUUUCAGUUUUUGGAAGAGGAUUCUGGCCUCCUUCAGCAGGAGGAAGUCACUCGAGAAGCCCCUUCGGAGGUGCAUCCCUUUGCUGCCCGGAUGGUAUCCAACCGGAGGGUGACAGCAGAAUCUCAUUUCCAGGAUGUCCGCCUCAUUCAGUUCGAUGUCACGGGCUCUGGAAUGGAGUAUCUCGCUGGCGAUGUGGUGAUGAUCCAGCCACGCAAUGCUCCUGAGGAUGUGCAGCUCUUCUGCGAUCUUCUGCGUCUGGAUCCUGACAAGUGUUUUGUGCUAAAACCUACAGAGUCAGACACCCCCCUUCCUCCUCUCCUGCCUCAGCCAUGCACUGUCCGUCGCCUGGUGAGCCACUACCUGGAUAUUUCCUGCGUCCCCCGCCGCUCCUUCUUUGAGCUCCUUUCCUAUUUCUCACCCAACGAACUGGAGCAAGAGAAGCUGCGAGAGUUCAGCUCUGCACAAGGCCAGGAGGAUCUCUAUGCUUACUGCAACCGACCGCGCAGGACCACACUAGAGGUGCUCUGUGACUUUCCUCACACAACUUGUGCCAUUCCGUCUGAUUAUAUUUUGGACCUCAUCCCGCGGAUCAGGCCCCGUGCCUUCUCGAUUGCUUCCUCGACACUGGCGCUCCCCAACAGAAUCGAGAUCCUCCUGGCUGUGGUCCAGUACAAAACCCGUCUUUGUAAACCUCGGCGUGGCCUCUGUUCAUCAUGGCUUGCCUCCCUGGACCCACAGAAUGGGGCUGUGAGGGUGCCUCUCUGGGUGAAGAAAGGAAGCAUGACGUUCCCAGCUGAUCUGGGUUCACCUACCAUCAUGAUUGGGCCUGGCACAGGAGUGGCACCUUUCCGAGCGGCGAUACAGGAGCGGGUUGCCCAGGGCAAAAAAGGGAAUUGCCUGUUUUUUGGCUGCCGACAAAGAGACAAAGAUUUCUAUUGCCAGGCAGAGUGGGACGAACUUGUGAAAAGGGGUCUCCUGACACUCUUCGCAGCCUUUUCCCGGGAUCAGGAGCAGAAAGUUUAUGUCCAGCACCGUAUCCGAGAGAACAAGGAACUCAUCUGGGACCUGGUGAGCCAGGAGAAUGCACACAUCUACCUGGCUGGGAAUGCCAAGCAGAUGCCAGAGGCAGUAGCAGAGGCCCUGAAGUUUGUCUUCCAGUCAGAAGGAGGCCUCUCUGCCUCAGAGGCUGAGGAGUACUUGGCAAAUUUGGAUCGGGCCCACCGCUUCCAGGCCGAGACCUGGUCUUGAGUUGCAUCAGAGGCUCUAGUGGCCGAGAAUGCUUCUUACCCAAAGCUGAACAGAUGUAGCAAAUGUGGGGGGGGGAGGCGUACCCAGACACUGACCAAUAAAUUUGGAAAAGGGAGGAUGUUAUUUCAUUGUAUCUGUGGGAACCUCCUCUAAAUUACCUCCCUUCCCAUGGGCUAUAAGAUGUCUUAUUUUUUAAAAAACAGGAUCAUGGAUUUUGGGCACUAGACAGCUGAUCUUGUCAUUAAGAGCACAGUAAUUACCUCUUUAAGGCAGACUAGCAUCCAUCUUGUGUGACAGUUUGUUUCCAGUUGUGGCUGACUCUGAUGGUUUCUGGAUCUUCCCCAGGGUGAGGAGUGCUCUUCCAGGGUUGCGUGUCUCUUGCUCAGUCUCUUUCCCCCCGUUCCUCUCAUUGUAUGACAUGGUAAGGAGGUUAUGAUAUACCCUGGCAAGUUGCAGAGAAAGUCAACAGAUUUUUUUUCUCCAUUUCUUAUGGCGCUAGAAUUCAGGUGUCCCCCACUACCACCAGUAAUAUUGAUUGGCAGCAGAUUUAGGACAGACAAAUAAAAGUAUUUCAUUAUGCAAUGCAUAAUUAACUCACUGUCAUGAUGCAGCAUGGUGAGCGGUAGAAGGGGGAAUUAAGAGAAAUUUAAGAUUUUUUGAUUGCUAACUGGAACCUCCAGCUUCAGAGGCAGUGUAUCUCUGAAAAUAAGUGUAUAAUUGCCAAGAGAGUAAGCUGUGAUCUUAGAACACUGGCUCACAUCUAACCAUUGUUACAAACUCAGUUGGUGACCUUAGGCUAUGUGCUGUCCUCCUCUUCCAAUCUGCAAU